AUGAAUAAAGUCCCGAUCGAUGAAGAGGAGUCGGAGGACAAUUCAACCUUCCUGUUGCUCCUGGACAUCGUUCCAGCUUGUGUGAUCGUCUUGAGCGCCGCAAUUGCGGGUCUCAGUCAAGACGUUGAGCCAGAUCAUGCGAUAUGGCAGGUCUUGGAGAUCGUCUUCACAGCUUUUUUCAUUGGAGAGAUCCUGGUGAAGCUGCGAGUGUUUGGUUUCAGAGAAUAUCUGCGCGGUGCGGAUUGGUACUGGAGCUGGUUUGAUAUCCUUUGCGUAGUGCUGGCCAUCGUGGAUCUCAGUUUAACGUACUCCAACAGUGCCGGAGCUGCUCCACCGGCGGAUUCAUCAACCGAUUCAUCAACAGAGAGCUCUCCCGCAGGAACCUUGGGCUCGCUCAAGAUGCUGAAGUUGGCCCGCUUGGGUCGAAUUGUCCGAUUGCUCAAGUUCAAGAUUUUCCAGGAGCUGAAGCUGAUGAUUCAGGGAGUUUUCACCGGCCUCCGGGUGCUUUUCUGGGCUGUUGUUCUCUUGGUCGGCUGCAUGUACCUGCUGGGGGUCAUCUCUCGGACUCUAUUCGCAUCCCUGCCAGAGUUCGAAAAUGUUCCGGCAGCAAUGUUUACGGCCUUCCGAUGCUUUACAGAUGGCUGUUCGGCAUAUGAUGGAACCCCGCUGCAAGAGAAGCUGCGAAAACAGCAUGGGGCAAUGUUCAUGUUCGCAUACAUCCUCCUCUUCCUCUUUGUGACGAUUGGAAUUUUCAAUCUGAUCAUGGCUGUCUUCAUAGACAACGUCACAGAUGGCAGCACAAAGAAGAGGCAGCGCCAAUUGGGCCAGAAUGCGCCCAGAACUGAAUGGGUUAUUGCUUCGGCGCUCAGAGAGAUCAUCUUGACCAAUCUGGUGCGGCAGCAGGUUGAGGACCAGGUCGCGGAAGAAGAGCGCAAUGGUGCUCCUGGCGGCCAGCGUCGGGUGUCGAAACUCUUGCAGGAACGGUUGCAGGCUCUUCACGAGAUGUACGGCUACAAGCCGCACACGACGCAGGAGUAUGAGGAAUUUACCUGUCAGAUCCGUGAUGAAAUGGCAGAGCGCGACGUUGUUGUCACGAAGGAGCAGUUCAACCACUGGUUAUCAACAGAAAAAGAGCUGAUUGCAAGGCUGGAGGACUCUGAGAUUGACCUGUCUUGCAAGUUUGAUCUCUUCGAUGUUCUCGAUGCCGACCUCAGUGGCGAGCUGGAGUUUGAGGACUUCCGGGGCGGAAGGCAAGAGCCUGCGAAGCAGAAGUACGAUAAGCUUGUGCAUGCUUCGCCGAAGUACGAUGCGCUUGCGAUGCUGGCGGUCUGGGAUGGUCCAAUCAAGGUCUGCAGCAUGUCAAUGCCUGCUGGGGUGUUUGAAAAGGGACCACAUGAAGACACCAUGCAAGUACCCUUAGAGUUCCCGUCGAGUCUAGUGCUGGACUUGGCCGUGCUUUGUGCGGGUUGGGAUGCCAAGCCAGACUUGGAACGGUUCCUGACCUGCUUUUACCGAUAUUUCGAAGUCAAAGGCUUUCGCGGCAUUGUUGCUAUCCACUUGUCGCAUGUCGUGGCAUUGGCAUUCACGAUCGGAUUUUCGUUCGUUCUGUUAUUUCUCAUCGAUUGGGGGGCUUUGUUGGCAUGCAAUUCCGAGGAGUCAUGUCGCACCAUCUCAAUUUAUUAUGCAAAGCCCUUUCGGGACCUGGGUUUUCGACGAGCCGGGGUCUUGGUUUGCACGGUGCUCUUUGUCCUCUAUGGGGCCAUGAAUGUCGCCACUGUUUACCAAGACAUUCGUGACGCGCAAUCCAUCAGAUCAUACUACAAGGACCGCCUGGGCAUUGCGUCUGAUGAAAGUCUAGAGACGAUGCUAUGGUCUGAAGUCGUGUCCCGCCUUAUCCAGCAGCAGAAGGAGUCUCGCUUUUGCAUUGUCCAAGAUGAGCUCACUGCCCUCGAGAUUGCGAACAUCAUCAUGCGAGAGGACAACUUCAUGAUUGGCUUGACGAAUCACAAGGCGUUCACUGCAGCAUUGCCAUCCUGGAUACCCCGUCGCCUUGUGUUCACAAAGGCCGUGUUCUGGAAUCUUCGGCUAGUGAUCUUUCGAUGGCAGGGAGCGCUUGAUGACCGCGGACGCAUUAGACGUGACUUUUUGAACAGACCAGAGGAGUGGUAUGACAUCAAGGCCCCCAGCAUGUUCUCCGUUCGCAACUGUGGCAAGACCCUGGUCUCCCGAACUCAAGGGACCAAAAUCGCGACUGAAGAGCUCAAGGGCCGUGUCCUGGAGGUGAACCUCGCCGAUUUGAACAACGAUGAGGAUCAGGCCUCCAAAAAGAUCAGGCUCUGCAUUGAAGAAGUCCAGGGCAGGAGUUGCUUGACGGAUUUUCAUGGCAUGAACUUGACCCGCGACAAGAUCUGCUCCCUGAUCAAGAAGUGGCAGACGCUCAUUGAGGCACAUGUUGAUGUAAAGACCACCGACAACUACGUUGUGCGCAUGUUUUGCAUAGCGUUCACGAAGCGACGGCCAGAUCAAGUGAAAGCCAAUUGCUAUGCGCAGUCAGCUCAGAUCAGAAAGAUCCGGAGGAAGAUGGUUGAAAUCAUGACCCAAGAAGCUAGCAAAGUACAACUCCGUGAGCUGGUAAAGAAGCUGAUUCCGGAGUCCAUUGGCAAAGAGAUUGAGAAGCAGGCGCAGGGCAUCUUCCCGCUGAAGGACUGCCUCAUUCGAAAGGUGAAGAUUCUCAAGAAGCCAAAGUUCGACAUCACGAAGCUGAUGGAGCUUCAUGGUGACGGUGGCGAUGAUGUUGGUGUCGAGAUGGUACGUCCAGAGGCUGAAGAUGCGAUGAACACGCUAACGGCUGAUGCACUAGCGCGUAAUCUGCGUCUGCUGGGAGUGGCGAAUCUGGUGCUCGUCCCCCCCGUUCUGAUCUUCGUUGCGCUGUACUUCUUCAUGAGACAUGCGGAGGAGUUUCGCUCACAGCGGGCGUCGCCAUUUCAAAGGCAAUGGACAGACUAUGCCCACUGGACAUUCAGGGAGUACAACGAGCUGCCCCAUGACUUCAAUGCAAGAAUGUGCGCCGCGCAGGCUGCAGCUGAGGCGUACGUCCAUUGCACGACGCCUUCUUCACCAGUUCUCAAGUCUGUGCAGCGCUGCGCCAAGUUCAUUGCAGGCUCGGUGCUGGCAGCCUUGCUUUUGGUCGCUUUAUGGGAUGACAGCCCGCUGCUGUUCGUUAAGGUCCAGGACAAGAACUUGCUCUGGUAUUUGGCUCUCUUCGGCUUUAUCUUUGCAGUUGCCGAUGGUGCCGGUGAUGAUGAUUCAGGAUCCAGGAGAGGUGCCGGAGCAUCAGCUCAUGCGCCAAGCGUACCGCUACGAAUGCAUGUUGCUCUGAUGAGAUUGGUGUCGUGCACACACUUCUUGCCAGAGCAGUGGCGAUCUCCUGCACGGUUAACAUCCCUUGCAGGGGCUUGCAGUGGUUUGCAGCGUGCGGGGCUGUGUGACCACUUCCGCCGAGUCCGUCAGGAGUUGCUUCGAGACUUCUUGCUUCAGCGCAUUCAAGCUUUGGCAGAAGAACUUUUGGGAGUCUUGCUCAGCCCUGUACUGCUAAUGCUCUUCCUUCCGGAUGCUGCGCACAACAUUGUUGGAGUGUUGGCAUCGCUUCAACACACCUCGCCGAAUUUGGGUGACUGGUGCUCGUACGGUUGUUUGGAUCUGUCAAUGACUGCGGAGAACAGUGGCGGCGCGGCUUCGUCGGCGGAGGGAUGCCAGGCCACGCAGCUCAAUCGCCACAUGGGCGCGAAUGAGAAGGUCGAAAAGUCUGUGCUUUCCUUUUGCCUGAACCAUCAGCUGAUCUGGCCAAGUUCAGAUCAAACUAGUGACGCAUCUUGGGUGCCGCCCGUGCCACCGCUUCAAGCACGUGCCGAAGCUCGAAGACCAAUGUCGCUAGCUUUGCAAUCUUUGAGGCCACAGAGACCUGAGUUUUCACAAGACAUCCCUCUUGAAGAAAUCUCGCAACUCUCGCACGUGGCAGAAGAUGGAACUGGCAUGGCAGCCCCGACACAUCCGCUGGCGUCCAUACAUACGGAGUCAGAGCCGCUGCUUGACAUCAAUGACACCCACAGGGAUGAACAUCAGCAUCCACAUCAGGAUUCUGCAGACUUAGAUAUUCUUCCCCGUACGGAUCACGGCAGCACGACUUCACCUGUAACUGCGCAAGAGGAACACGUUCUAACUCACAUCAUUGGAGUUCCUUUGGCCGCAAUCAACUUGCUACAUGACGUGCAGGACUUUCAUGAGAAGGAGACAUCAGAACACCCUCCCAGUGGGGAAAACAUUGCAUUGCUACCUGCCGACUUGGUGAGCCUCCCUCCACUGGCACCUGGCCGGGUUGGCUGCCCUGGCAUGCCGGCCCUCGGCACCACUGUUUGCCGAACUGGUGAUGAGCCAGAGUGGUCAGACACCUGUGGUCCGUGGUUUUUCUGGCUGGAGGCACGAGCGUUUGAUGACUGA